AUAACGGAACAUUAGCCGCCACGCUAGAGUGAACAACAGCUUGUCUGCGGAGCGGAACAACUGAGUAUCGAGUGAGACCGGUCUAAGUUGUCUACGGGGCGGCCAUAUUAGAAAAUAGUCGUCGGGAGAUCCAAAUAGGUUACAAGUCCACGAGAAUACUCAUCCAUCUCUCACGUGCUUCGUCUGUUAAGCUAUUUAUAAGAUAAUUUAAAAUGAGUUGGGAUUCAUAUAUUGAAAAUCUUGUGGGGCAAAGUAAAGAUAGCAGUGGUCAAGCCCAUGUAGAUUCUGUGUCUAUUAUAGGUAUAGAUGGUGGUGGAAAAUGGACCUCAGAUGGACAUGCACAGUCCCUAAGCAUAGAACCAGCAGAGUGUGCAGCCAUAGCCAGUUCUUUUAAAUCAAAGGAUUUCACUAACUUCCAGUCAAGUGGUGUACGUAUAGGGAACCAGAAAUACCAAUUUCUACGAGAAGAAGACAAAAAACUGGUAUUGGCCAAAAAGAAGGAUUGUGGGGCCAUUACAAUGCAGGCUUCUAAAACUGCUAUUGUUAUAGCACAUAUUCCCGAAGGCUGUCAACAAGGUAAUGGUAAUAAAGCAGUAGGAGUGAUAGCUGAGUACUUAGAAAACCUAAACAUGUAACUGCAAGACUAGUACUAAAAGUAUAAUUAUAUAUAAUAUAAAUAAUUGACGCAGACUCCACACACACACACACACACACUAUAUGUAUCUACAUUGGUCAAAUUACCUCUUGAUAUUCCUUUCUGUGUAUUGGCCUUUUGAGUAGUCAUAAAGUGUAUCACGGAUCUUUCGGUACAGAUUUUAUCAAUGUAGAUACAUAUAAGGUAUUUUUUUCUUCGUUGCUUUUCAUUACAUAUAAAGAAAUAACAUUUGAAGGUUAUUUAUAUUAAGUCAACCUAUAAGUAUCCUAACAUCCACCUUAUAAUGCUCUUAUUCUUUUUGUCAUUUUGUUUUCUUGCUUAAUUAUGUUAUGGGGAGCUCUUUAAGUUGUAUAGCAGGCCAAGGAAAAAAUACAAUAGCUCAUGUGUUCAUUGCUAGUGUAAUCCUAUUGCUAGUGGAUGCAAAGCAAUGUCAAAAUAUUACGAUUCAUAAAUCUUUAAUCUUUUGGGAUAUUUGAGGUGUUGAAGCAUUUUUAUACUUAUUGCAUAUCGUUUUAUCUGUUUAUAAAACUGAUUCUAGUUAUAAAUUGUUGUUUUUUUUUUGUGGAAAAUGUACAUUACUGAUACAAUAUAGCUUUAGUACCCAUAUACAAAAACCUAUUCGAAAUUCUCUUUUCAUGUUAAAUGUCUGCAUCAGUUAUUUGUUUGUUAAGGGAGGCAACUCUUGUAGCAGGGAGAUAACUCAAACCAUUCCGACCCUUUGUGGUACCAAAAGUAGAAUAUUGUUUUCCCAGCUAAUUGUAUAAAAUAUUCUCUUAUUUCACCUUAUGAACCAAUUUUGUUAUCUUAAAACUUAAUGGUAGUCUGCUGAUCAAACAGAUUAGAUCCGAAGAUCGGAUUGAUUGACCAGGUAUUAUUGAAAUUUACAAUUUGAUAAGUUAUAUUUAAAAUAGACAUGUUUAUUACAGCUUGUUUAUAUCGUAACUAUAGUACCAUUAGCCUUAUAUACACCCACCAGUGAUACUUUAGAUUUAUGUACUUUUUUAAAAGGUAAUUUAUUAUGGGAUUUUCUUAGCUCUUAUUGGCAAAUGUUGAGUUUCUUGUAGCAUCAUAUAUUUCUUUGUGAAUUGUUAUUUGUAGCUACUUAGAAAAAAGGAAUUUUUUUUGUUAAAUAUUUUGAAUUGCUGGGCGAUCAAACUUUUUGAAUAUGUUUGUUAUGAAUUUUCAUACUGAUGUUUAAUUUGAUAAGUGUUCGGUUUGUUUAAGCUCAAUGUAACUAUAUAUUCACCAUACUAGUAAUAUUAUCUCUUCUGCUCUUGAAAUGUACUAAACAUAAGAAAACGAUAUUGGUCAUUUUCAUCAUUACUGUCUUUGCUCAAAAAAAGCUAUCUUCCCAAACUUGAACUUUUAUCUUGAUAUGAACUUGAACUUUAUUCCCGGUUUGUGCAUGUAUAUUUUAUAUACCAGUAUUCCAAUGUUUAUGAAAACAUUUAACAUGUUUGUCCAAAUUAUUGAUCAAAUCAUUUUGAAAGAAAAGAAAUUGUUAACUGUGUCUGUGUGUACUUUUUCUGUUUUGUACAUUUUAACAAAUGCAUUCUUCAUAAUAAACAAAAUGCCUGUUAAAAAAGAAA